CUCCCUCUUAGUUGAUUUCCUCGUCAAAAAAAAAAUCAAAACUAUCUUCCAUGUUCUGUCUUAUUUCCACGUAACAAAAUGUCUUUAAAACACCACAUUCCUCCUCUUUUUUUUUUUUAAACACCAUAUUUCUCUUUUUUUCUUUUAACUAUGUUCUUGAUGAGAAAGUUUAGAGUUUCCUCUCUCACGUUACCUUGCUGGUGAUCCACUAGGUCAAGAUAUAAGUAAACCAAGAUGUCCGACAUGACAAGUCUAGCGGCUUCGCCUUCACGAUCUUCAAAACGCGCCAUGUACUACGUGCAAAGUCCUUCACGUGACUCUUACACGUCAGUUACACAGCCUAGUACAAUGAUGGACUCUCCCACACACGAUUCAUACUCCUUGGGCCGCCACUCUCGUAACUCAUCAGAGAGUAGAUUCUCCGGGAUAUCCCGAUCAUCAUCAUCAGACAGAAAAAACGUCAAAAAGUGCCGAUCUAACGAGAAAGAAUAUGAGACUAUACUUGAAGAAGGUUCGUAUGAAGAAAUGGACGAUGUGACUUCUAUAAGGAGGUCUCAGGCCAUACUUGCCGUUUUCAUUUUUAUAAGUCUCUUCGCCUUCUGUUGCUUAAUCACGUGGGGAGCUAGUAGACCUUACAAGGCUCAAAUCUCUGUUCAGACAUUCGAACUACGCAACUUCUAUGUUGGUCAAGGAUCAGAUUUCUAUGGCAUGCAUACCAAGUUGCUGACUUUGAAUGGAACAUUAAGAAUUGGUAUAUACAAUCCUGCCCCAACAUUUGGUAUUCAUGUUAGUUCCAAACCAGUCAGUCUCUUAUAUUACCAACUCCCUAUCGCCACCGGUCAGUUGAAGGAACAUUAUCAACCGAAGAAGAGUCAAUAUACGGAAGCAGUGGUUAUAGAAGGAAGAAGGAUCCCAUUAUACGGUGCAGGAGCAAGCCUAGAGGCCACAGAGAGAGGCGGAAAGAUUCAGGUGAAUCUGAGAUUUGAAGUCAAAACAAGAGGAGAUGUGGUCGGAAGAUUGGUUACAAUAAGGCACAAAAAGAGAAUCUCAUGCUCAUUUGUCAUCGAUGUUGCCAUUAGUAAGCGCGUACCGAUCGAUAAGAGUGAUUGCAGCUAUUCAUGAUCAAUCUCAUGCUCAUUUGUAAUCGAGUGAUGUGUAAUAAUAAUAAGAGGUUUGUCUUGAAUAAAUAAAUGUUAAAUGUGGUCAAAUUAAAAAGUCAAAAAGAAAAAAAAGAUUAAAUA